AUGAAGUACAUUAUAGAGCAUAUGGAAGAAGGAUUCUCCGAAUGGGUUAUCCUCGAAUACACACAAAUUAUCAAAGAGGUUGGAAAAGAAAACCUUGUUUUGACCUCAUUACCAGCAAACACAACUGAAAAAGAUAUUCCUGAACGAUUAAUUUCCUUGGGUUUACAAUGGACCACAAAAGAAUGUGUUGAAAUAGACAAUAGAUUAGAUAAAUCAAAGGUUUGCUUAUUAGAUCCAGCUGCAGAGACAGACUUGGUUCCUGAAGAUGCCUCCAAAUAUGAAUACUUUGUAUUCGGAGGUAUUUUGGGUUCCCAUCCUAGAAUUGACAGAACAGGUAUUUUAAGAAAGAAAUAUGGAUUUGCAGGUAAAAGAUUAGGUAGUUUACAAAUGACUACUGAUACUGCAAUUAGAACUACUCAAAAAAUUGUACAAGAUCAAAUCAAAUUUGAAGAUAUUAAAUUCAUUGAUUAUCCAGAAAUUAAAUAUAAUAAAUACGAAUCAACUGAAAUGCCAUUUCGUUACGUUUUAGAUAAAGAAGGCACCCCUAUUUUACCUGAAGGUAUGUUAAAGCUUAUCGAACAUGAUGCUGAGCAAAGUAUUGAUGAUUUGUUAUUAGAAUAA